ACCGGAGGCGGAAACGAACAGGGGCUAGCAGCCAAAACACAACAGAGAAGCUAGCCGUUCAGAACCGAAGUGAAAGGUUUUCACAUAUUUUUUUGCAAUAAAAGGAAAAUAUCCCAUUAGAUAAGACAUUGAUGUCAUAUAGUGGAAGCCAAAAUGGCGGCCGCCGCAGUAAAUGGGACCAGCCUGGUCCUGGAGGGAUGGGGGAGGCUGAAGCUGCACCCACCGGGGCUCUCGAUGCUGCCGCUGCUGUGGCCGCCAAGAUUAAUGCCAUGUUAGUAGCCAAGGGCAAACUAAAGCCUUCGCAGAUCGGAACCCCUGGACCUCCUGACAAGGCUGUGGGAGUUGGAAAGCCUACAGUGCCAACAAAAGCCAAAGAUGACCUGGUGGUAGCUGAGGUUGAAAUCAAUGACGUCCCCAUUACCUGUCGAAAUCUCCUGACACGAGGGCAAACUCAGGAUGAGAUUAGUAAAGUUAGUGGUGCUGCGGUUUCAACCAGAGGGCGUUACAUGGCAUCAGAGGAGAAAGGCAAAGCUCUACCAGGAGAUAGACCUCUGUAUCUACAUGUCCAAGGACAGACGAGAGAGCUUGUUGACAGGGCAGUUAACAGAAUCAAGGAAAUAAUCACCAAUGGUGUGGUCAAGGCUGCAACUGCCUCAUCAUCAUCUUCAACCUUCUCCCCCAGUGGAACUUCAGUCACAGUUUACCACCAACAUAACCCACCUCCACCCUCACUGCCCCCCAUGGCCCACCACAAACCACACUUUCAGUCUGGGAUGCAUUAUGUUCAAGAUAAAGUCUUUGUGGGACUGGAGCAUGCUAUCCCGGGAUUUGUGGUUAAAGAGCGGGUGGAAGGCCCCGGUUGUUCAUACCUGCAGCACAUUCAGGCUGAGACUGGAGCUAAAGUCUUCCUCAGAGGAAAAGGAUCAGGUUGCUUAGAACCUGCCUCUGGACGGGAGGCCUUUGAACCCAUGUACAUAUAUAUCAGUCAUCCGAAACCAGAAGGACUUGCAGCAGCAAAAACUUUGUGUGAGAAUCUUCUUCAGACGGUGCAUGCAGAGUAUUCUUGCUUUCUCAGUCAAAUGAGCACAAUGAUGCCAACACAACAAGGCUUUGGACAGCCUCCAGUGGUGAAUGGGAUACCUCCUCAGCCUCCUUACUACCCCCCUCCAGGAUACCAGCCAGGAUACCCCAUGCCUCUACCUCCACCUCAGCCCCAACCCCUUCCUCCUCCUUACACCGCCCCCCCUCCUAUACCUCCUGUUGCAGCCACAGGUGUGCCUCCCCAAUAUCCACUGCUACCAGCCCCUGGUCCAGGCCCAUGCCCCGCUCCAGCUCCCAUUCCGACUCCAGCUCCUGUUCCAUGCACUAUCCCUCAGACUCUUCCUUCUGUACUUUUUCCUCUUUCUGCUGCAGCACCACCCAAAGCACCAUCUCCUGCCUCUACACUCAACCCAACACAGAAAAGACGCUUCACAGAAGAGGUACCAGACGAGAGGGACAGCGGUCUACUUGGAUACCAGCAUGGACCCAUUCAUAUGACUAAUUUAGGUGCAGGCUUCUCAGUGGGCAGCCCUGAGACUACAGUACCCCCACCACAGAGUUCCUCUGGUCCGCCAAGUGAGAGGGACAGUCGGCAGCUAAUGCCUCCACCACAUAUGCCUGUGAAUGGAGUUAGACCCAAGAUGGAGGACAGAAGGCCACCCCAAGGCCCCAUGGAGCCUGCAGUGAAAAGGUUAAAAACAGGUUUGGUAGCAUACACCGGAGACUCCUCUGAUGAAGAGGAAGACCACUCCUCCUCCAAAGCCUCAGGGCCAGGUAACCCUGGGGCAGUUCCCCCUACCUCCUCCUCCUCAGGCUGGACACAGGGCUAUCGUUGCCCUCCUCCACCACCCCCCCGUGCUAAAACACAGCCACAGCAGCAGUCGAUGCCUUUCUGGAUGGCACCGUGAAACUCUUACCUCUCAAUGCUUUCUACAGUCUUACAGGAUGUUCACCUCAACACUCAUGUAUGGUGGAUGACUUUUUAUAGCUUCUGUUGGUUUCAGUAUUAUUUUAGAUCUUGGGUCUAAAUGGACAUUAUAAUGUUUUGCAAACCUGUUUGUUUCUGUGCACACAUUAUAGUUGGAAGAAGAACAUUUUCAGGACUGAUACUCCAAACUAUUUUGUGGAUGUAUAGAAUGAUCAGAUGAGUGGUGCUUUGCCUCUACACAUUUGAAUGGAAUGAUUAUCCAUGCCAAGUGUCUUUGCUAGAACAUUUUCACAUGGCAAUGAUGUUUAACAUCACUGUCAACUUUUAUCCCUAACUUCCUACUUUUUCCCCCCUUCCCUGUCCAAGUCAGUGACACCAUCCUUUCCUAUGUCGUUCUUUAGUACAGAUCAUGUUGGACUCUAUGUUGGAAAACCUGAUGGAAUUUAUUUCAUGCUUUUAUGAAAUAAAGUUAAUUUAUUGCCAGGUUUAAA